AUGGUCGGCGAGACGUGGUCGCAGAUCGUGGCCCAAGGUCCGGCCUUCUCCGACGAGAGUAAGCCUACCCCAAUGCUUCGCGUGGGUCGCCCUGGCCAGGUCGGCAACGUCGAGAUGCAGGACCUUAUUUUUACUACAAAGGGCCCGACAGCUGGCGCCGUGCUCAUUGAGUGGAAUAUGGCUGCUGAUGCAAAGGGAUCAGCGGCCCUUUGGGACUGCCACGUCCGGAUCGGCGGUGCGACGGGCACCGAUCUGACGCCUACGGAGUGCCCAGCUCUGGCUUCUGGCAUCGCCCCGGGCUGCAAUGCUGCUAGUCUGAUGAUGCACAUUAAGCCAGGCGCAUCGGGAUACUUCGAGAACAUGUGGCUGUGGGUGGCUGACCAUCUAAUUGAUGACCCAGACCUGGAAGACGCCAACAACACCAUGGUACAGAACUCGAUAUACGUUGCUCGCGGCCUGCUUAUCGAGAGCACCGAGCCAACAUGGCUCUACGGCACGGCAUCGGAGCACGCGAUCAUGUACCAAUACAACUUCCACAAUGCCGCGAGUGUCUUCGCCGCCAUGAUCCAAACAGAGUCACCGUACUACCAGCCAACCCCAAACCCGCCUGCCCCUUUCACUAGCUCCGUCGGCCUCUUCCCUGGUGACCCGGACUACUCCUGCGCCGUUGGCGACGAGUUCAGUGGUUGCGAUGAAUCGUGGGCCGUUGUGAUGCGCGGCUGCGAGGAUAUCGUCAUUGCUGGCGCUGGCCUGUAUUCGUGGUUCUCGACCUAA